AUGCGGAAAUAUCUCCUCGUAAGCUGCUUCAAACUGAAAGUAGGCAAUUGGAUAUUUUCCUUCCCGAUAUGUAAAAUUAAAAAAAUGGGAGAGAAAAAACUGACAGGAUGCGCACUCUAUCAGUGUCUAUGAAGUGAUAAUUGAGUGAAUAAAAUCGUCUGGAAUGGGCGAACGUCAUAAUGAAAGUGUGGUACCGGACCCUGCGGACUACAGCGAUAGCUACGUCCACGUUCCAUCCCCCCUGUUGUCUGUGUCGUCAAUACAGACCGAGUCCAUGGGGAGGGACGCAGUGAUGGAGUGUGCCGGGGUCACCUCGCCGGUCCCCGCCGAGGGGGGUCAGGAUCCCCUCUUUAUGGAAGGACAGAGACGACUCCGAGAAAAUGCUGAGUUCUCCGAGCCGUCGUCCACAGAGGACUGGGUACGGCAGGCAAUGGUCGCCAUGAAGAUGGCCCCGUGUGACGUAUGUGACGUUGUCGAGAAAAGUUACCCGGAUCACGAUUCCAUCGAGUUUUGGAGAAGUAUAGAAGAAUCCUCUGAUUUCCGAACAAGGUGUCACAAAAAGUUUUACAAGAGAAUGGUGCUGAGGUUCCGGGAGGUGUUUCCCGAUGAGCCGGCAUUACGGAACACUCGCACAAUGAACUUCCUGAAAAUGCUUCUCCACAUUGAGGGAACAGAUGAUACAGUUGAAGUCUUGUUUGACAAAUAUAUUCGUGUGCUGCAGUUCUUUGGACCAGUGAAACUUCAGGGGAAUCGCUGUGUUCUUCUACAGCAGCUGCAACUUAUGAUAGACAAAUCGCUAAAAUACAACAGUAAUGCAAAGAAAGAAAAAAUCAGCUGGUUUGCUGGAGACAUGUCCAGACAGGAGGCAGAAAAUAGAUUGUCCCCGGAACCAAGAGGAACGUAUCUCAUCAGGAUGAGCCAAAAUAAUGCGGACCGAGGAGACUUCGCUUUGUCAGUGAAACAAAACGAUGUGCUAUACCAUAUCGAAAUCAAGGUCAGCGAAAACGGUCAACCUCUUAAAGCCCUCACCCAGGAGCCAUUCUCUAGUUGUCUGGUGUUUCAAGACAAAGAGUACUCUUCUCUUUUGGAAAUAGUGGAAGAACUAAAAUACGGACCGGUAACGGUGACGGAUGAGGAAGCGGAGACCGAGAUCUGGUGUGAGAGGAUCUGUCCGGGGCUUCCCCUGAAUGGGGUCAUAUCGGGGUACAAGAGGACCAAGGCUAGGACCUAGCGGGCACCUGUCACAGGCCGUUCUACAGGACGAUCACCCCCCCCCCCAACAGAUUUGUGUAUUUUAAUCAAAAUUUUAAUUUUUUUUUCUCGAUUAUUUGUAGUUUAAUGAUAAACUGACAGUACGCUAGCAUUUUUCUAUAAACUUUCAAAGUAGCAUUUUUGCUAUGCAGUUCUUAAACCGGUGUGAUUUUUUUUAUAUAGAUAGAAGUGAAAAGGUUAGCCUGAAAAUUGCAGUUUGUUUUAGAAAGGUGCUUUCAUUAUUAUAAUAUAACAUCGUUUCUGUGAGUCUUGUGUAUGUUGUGAUGCUUAUGAUAUUAGUUUCACUUUUUAAUGUGAUAUUAAGAAUUCAAAAUAGUUUAUAUAAUAUAACAGUCAGUUAGUAAAACACACAUAAAAUCUAUAUAUUUUAUAUGAUACUCAAACUUUUUAUUGCAAUGAUAUUGAGAAGGAUAACUUUACCAUCAGACCUGAAU